AUGCAUCACCGGUUCGUUCGUCUCAAACUCGUCUCGCCUCUUUCCUCCGCACUGUUUCAGUCAUCACCUUCUCCUAUUCAUCCUCAAAGCGCCGCAGUUCUUCUUCUUUCGAUGCUCAUCUCGACGAAUCACCAAUAUCACGUCUCCAUCAAGCUUCAUAUCCAUUCGACCUCCUCAGUUGACAUCAUCAACACUGCCGUCAGCUUCAAGUUUCGAAGCUUCACAUUGCCUCUCUACUCGCUUGUGAUUUCACGUUCAACUCCGCUUUGUCGCGCUACUCCAAUCAUCACCUCUGUAUAUUUGUUGUUCUGUUUUCGAGUUAUAUUUCAGAUGAGACAAAAAAUCAACGAUCCAGAAAAGAUGAGCAGAGAUGGAAACGAGAGAAGAUUAAAGAUGAAGAUUGUUGGAUCAGUUGUAGAGAGAUGGAGAGGUGAUUAUGAAGACGUGAAGGAAAGUGAAGAUAAAAUUCAGAGAGAAUUUGAAUUGCUUGACUUGUCUGAGAAGCUUCUCAAUAGGGUUUUGAGUCCUUUUCCUUUUUAUUGA